AUGCUAAAAGAAUUCUUAGGCUCUGGGGGUUUACACUCCAAUUCAAAACAGCCUACAAAUAUUUUUAAAAUUGGAUCAAGUGCUAAAACCAUGGAUGAUAACAGUCGUUUGCCGGUCAGUCCAACCCCUAUACUUCGUACAAAAAUUUCUCCAGUAGGUCCAACAAAUAAUUUGACUAGCACUCCUUCUAUACAAGGUACUUCAGAUGGCGUACUAGCUGAUUUCUUUUCAAAUCUGCUUAAAAAGCGACCAGUUGUGAAUAACACUACUGGAGAAACGUCUUCAGAGCCUCAGCUUCAACGUACAUCACUAUCAUCAGACCAAAAAAACAAACAACAAGACAACAUGGAUACAAGUGUAAAUAGUUCAAUGUACAGCAUAAAUGAAAAUGGGGAAAAACAUUUCAAUAUUGUGGUUAAAGAAAAACAUACCGAGAACGCGAAACUGGAAAGAGAUUUCAACGAGAUUACCAAACAAAACGAAUACACGAGGACUGAUCAUGAAAAUGUGGAAAACCUGAGUGACGCGACAACAAAUAAUCAGCCGAUAAAAAUAGAAAAAGAUGAAGGUAAAAAAAAGCAACAACAUGAGAUAACAAAAGACAUGUUAAGCAGCUUAGUACCUGCUACUAAUAACUCCUACGUUGGUCUUUCCGACAUUCUAAUUAACGAAAAUAAUGUGGCUGUUCUACCUGAUAUGGCUACAUCGGGAUCCGAUUUUACAUAUACUGUUCUUGUUGAUGCAGAUUAUUCCAAAAAUACAUCGUCAUAUGGUAAUUCGAUUUCAUCUGAGAAUUUUUCCAAUACUAUUACGUCCCCGACAAAUGAAGGAACUGCAUCUCGUGCUUCUUCAGUAAUCAAUUCACCACUCUCCAUUCAAAAGUCCCUACAAAGUAUAAAAGUCAGUUCGCGUUUGAAACCGUCGUCUUAUACGAACGCCACAAUCCAAAAGAACAGUUCAUUACCGCCAAGCCCCAAACUAUUACAAAAACCAACAGUUAAACAAAGCGUAAGUGGUUCACAAAGGUCACCUACAAUGACUGGAUCGAAUUUCGGACAGACAAAUAAUUUAACGAAUACCAAAAUAAACUAUGCAAGUUCAACAAGUGUGAAUACAUCACCUCAUCUUAUCAGAAAACCAUUAUCUUCCUUGUCAAAGAACACUGAUAGUAAAAAGUAGAACAUUAUUUUUAAUAUGUCACAAAAAAUAAACAAUAAGAAAAAGUAAUUUUUCCACAUUAUUUUCAUUACGAU